CCUUCCAAAGUUCCUCCUCUCUUUCCUAUGACUGUGAUGACGAUUGCUCUCCUUCCUUUGCUGACUGACAUUGGUCACGUUUUCGGGAAACCCUGGAUCUCCAUUGCUCUCCCGGAUACGACCUCAUACUUUUCCCUACUUCUUCCUCAGGAGAAACAAGCAGCUAAACUCCGGAUCACUUGUAUCCCAGAUCGGUAAUCCAUCUCGGACCUCGUCUUACCUCACUUCGCCCAAGCUCACUCCUCUACACGCUACUACUGCACGGGAAUCUGGGAGAACAACUCGGCCGAUAGCCAUCACCCCCACACCCCGACAACCUUAUCCAAGGGGGGUGUAUUUUCAGAAGAAAAGAGGAAAAGGGUCGAAGAGAGGGAAGAAUACCAUAGAUCGACGGUAGGGCAGCCGAGCCGACUCGGCCGGCGCAAAGAAGAGGGAACGAAUCAUGUCGUCCUCGGCGGACAUUACCCAGUUCACGUCCGUCUUCCGUGCCCAGUCUCUGUCCGACGGCCAGCGCAGGGUAACAAAGCGCAACCGUCAACCCGUCUCGUGCCUCGCCUGCCGUGCGCGGAAGCUACGAUGCGAUCGCGCACUCCCAUGCGGUGCGUGUGUUAGGCGCGGGGACGAGGGGGCAUGCAAGUUUGGGGCUGCUGCCUCUACUUCUACUUCUGCAUCUGCAUCUGCAUCUACACCACCUACUUCUGUUUCUGUUUCUGCCUCUACGCCAUGCGACGCUAACGCUGUUACCGGUGCCGGUUCCAUUACCGUUUCUGGAAGCGAUGCCAUUCCUGUCACUUCUGGUGGAGGUAUUGGGAAUACUCUGAGCUCGACCAGUCGUGGAAACGGGAAUCUAGCGGCUGUCACUUCAGAUGGAGCUACUCGUCAUCGGGGUGGGAGUGGAGCGGGACAGCAGCCGCGUCCGGAGGUUCACUUCCGACUCCGAAAGCUGGAGGAUAUGGUUCAGGACCUUGUCAGGAGGGGCAUGACUUCAUCCAAAGACCGUGACCGGAACGGCCCCCAGCAGAACCCGGCACCGGCCUCAAGACCGGGCCCCACCAAGCCCGCCGGGAUCGUCAACGCCGUGCCGACACCACCGACGGACUCGGAACUACCCCGGAGCGAAAGCAGCACCGGCCACGACUCCCCAGCCCCGAUUGCUAUCGACGGAGACGAUUCCUACUACGGAGCAACGCACUGGACCGCUCUCCUCCACCACAUCCGCGAGAUCAAAACAGCCCUUGAGCCAGACCCUACUGUCGCCCCUGAACCGCCCGAAGGUGGCGCCUGCGCCAUCGGCCCGGACUUCCUCUUCGGGGCCGUCGUACCCGUCUCCCUACCGGAGGUUCUCUAUAGCCUCCCGCCGCGACAGGAUCUCGAGAAGCUACUCGGCGUCUACUUCAACGCCCGGUUCACCGCCGUGCCCUUUAUUCACGUCGGCCGCUUUCAGCGCGAGUACGCCGCCUUCUGGGCCAACCCGGAUUCGAUGAGCUGGCUCUGGAUCAGUAUCUUAUUUUCAAUCAUAUCAAACGCUACCGUCAUCGUCCGCGGCAAGGGCAACGCCGAAGCACUUGGUCUCAACCCCGCAAAGCUAAAAGAGGCCUCGGCGUACUCGGGCCGCGCCGUACAGUGCCUCAUCAAGGGUAAUUACCUCGCCGCAAGACCCUACUCGGUCGAAGCGACGCUCCUCGUCGCCUACUCCCGCGUCCUCGGGAGCAGGGACAUGGACCCGGUCCUCUGGAACAUGUUCGGCGUCGCCACGCGCCUCGCCCAGCGCCGCGGCUACCACCUCGAGCCCUCGCACCUCUCGGCCCCCAUCACCCCCUUUGACGCCGAGAUGCGCCGCCGCGCCUGGUUCUACUGCGAGGCGUUUGACCUCCUGCUGUCCUUCCAGCUCGGCAUGCCAGCCAUCGUCCACGAGGGUGACAACGACGCAGUCGGGCCCGAGAACCACCCGGACGAAGACUUUGAUGAGAACACGACGACGAUGCCGCCGCCACGCCCUCCGACGGAGGCCACGCCUUCGCUGUACUACUGCUACAAGUCGAAACUUUGCCGGAUCCUGCGGCGCGUCAUCCGCCACGCUCUCUCGCCCGCGCAGCCGGCGUACGCCGAGACCCAGGUCCUCAAUGAUACUUUACACGCGUGGCACGCCGCCUUGCCCGCCGUGCUGCGCGUGAGGCCGAUCCGGGAGACGGGCUUCACGGAACAGAAUCACACGGUCAUGCAGCGGCUGAUGCUGGAGCUGAUGUACAGCAAGGCGCUGUGCGUGCUGCACCGGCUGUACCUAAGCAGGGAAAAGGGGUGUUAUAACGGGGACCCACGGUUCGCUACUUCGAGGGAGAUUUGCAGAGCUGCGGCGCUGCGGGUGUUGGAUUUGCACGCCGAGUUUGACCGGGAAGCGAGCCCGGGGGGCAGGUUGUUUGAGGAUCGGUACAUGUUGAGUAGUUUGACGUUGCAUGACUUCAUGAUUGCUGCCAUGGUGGUUUGUUUGGAUUUGAAUGAGAGUACGGAUACGAGUGACGAGGACUAUGAACGAAAAAUGGAGGCCCUCAAGACAGCAAGCGAGAUCUGGUCGCGGAGGUCAGACUGCUCCAAGGAUGCAAGGCACGCGGCGGCGGUCCUGCGGGCCAUGGUCCAGCGCAUAUCGCGCCAGAGGAAGCAGCAGCACACCGACAACACCACGAGGAUGACAAUGACGGCAGUGACGGCGGCGAGUACAGGUAGUAGUCUCAAUAGCACAUAUCGAGAUCCGGCUCUGUUCAGCGAGUCGUUGGCUGUGCACUCUAGGUAUGGAGAUGUUGGUGGCUUGCCUGGUCAGACGCCAGGCCAGAGCCAGGGUUUCCUUGGAGAGGGGACGUAUCAAGGUGAUGAGUUUAAUUUCAUGGCGUUGGAUAAUGCUUUGAACGACCCUGCUAGCGUGGACUGGAGCAUGUUGGAUCAAUACCUGAUGCUGGACCGGGCUGGGGAACUGACAAUGGACGCGUCUAUCGAGUGAGAGCUCUGUUAACUGGGGCUACAUAUACUCAGGUCUAGGGCCCUCUGAUAGCAACCCAGCCUAUUGGCCACCCAGUGGUUGAGCGUUUUGACGCUCUGGUCUAUUGAGCAAAGAACUUGGUGACGAGAUUCCGAGAAGUCUUCUCAGAUUGAGGAUUUUGUAGGGGCGCGUAUUCUCGACCAGCGGGUUCAUGUAGUCUCGAGGUUGAGAUAGUACAAGUAUAAAAACCGAGGUCGUUCCAAGACUACAAGACUACAGAGGGGAUUCGGUGUCUAGAAAUCGAUCUGCUUCCAUCAA